GAAUAAGGUCCAAAAGAUAUGUUUUCGUUAAAUAAUAAUUUAUUGUGUAGUAGUUAUCUCGGAAUGCACAGAGCUUUUCGUUUUUCCAACGAGCUUUAUUUUCUCCAGAUGUAUUGCUCUCUGUGUGCUUUGUUGGCAGUACUUGUGGACAUCCAAAUAAAUUCUAUGUUCGUCUUGAGAUUGACGUGAUUUAUGAAGUUGUAUCCAAUUGCAGUUAAAUAUGAACACCAUUUACCAAUAAUUUCACAUACCUUAUUUUAUAUGCUAUGCUUCGUGCCAAUGCAGCAUAUAUACUUUUUACAUAUUUGUCUUGAUACUGGUGAGGAUGCUUCGUCGGCUUUGAUCUCAAACUUCCUCUGGUUCGGCAGACUGUUUUCUUUAUGACAAAUAGUGCAUCUCUGAUUUCUAAACCGUCAAAUUCUUGAGAAGUGCCACGCACCACAAAACCAACAUUUAGUUGAAGGUUUGGAAAUUUUCGAGUGGUAUUAUUUUCUCUUCGACCUGUCUUAACAACGUAAAACGAAUAAUUAGAUGGAACUACACUUUUGGUUUCCAGCAUAACUGUAUCCUGUUUUAAGUUUAUUAUUCGUUAGCACUCAUCAGUAACAAUUUUUAGCGUCAUUUCAUAGUCAUGUUCUAUACGGGACAACGACUUCAUGAGGAAGUCAGCAUCGAUGGGAGAGUUCACAUCAGAAAUGUAUAAUAAGUACCUAAAUUGAUCACUGGAUAAUACAUUUAAUUUUAAUCGUUCCGCUCGUAAAUUUACUCUUCCGGCGUACGUAGCGUAGUCUUAUGUGGGCACAGUCUACCGGUAAACUCAAUAAGGCCCUGAGAAGCUCAGUAAGGCCCGAAGACAUUUCAUCCAAUCAUCUUUUGGAAGAAUGUUCCAGAACCCUUACGUAGAGCUUCGCUAUUGGACAAAUGCUAAUAACCCCCCGUAAGCGGACUGGAGGACUAUAAUGGUGAUUUCCUUUUUACUAAAAAUUAUACCUGAAUUUUGUAUCAUAAUUGACACCGUUUGGAAUAGCAUUCCUUUCACUUUUCUUCUGUCUUCUCAUUUGCGACUUGGGUGUGUUCUAGCGUUCGAGUGCUGAAGCCAUACGCGGUAUAUUAAGAAUCUAGGCUCUAGAUAUAACAUCUUUAUCAGCUUAGUUUGUCAGCUGUAGACAGUUAUACCAGAUACGAAUUAAUGAUAUCUAUUCACAGAACAUUUAAAAUACUAACAGUUUCAUCGAAGUUAACCUCUCGUGGAUGUUUAGGCAGAAUAUGAAUUUUGUACUUAUGAUGCUCGUUAAAACCGAGCUUCUGUAAAAGCAGCGGGAAUUUCUUUGCGUCAUCCAUAGCAGCGAAUUCCAUUCGGAAAAUAUCUUCUAUUCUGCCGAACCACGCUUCAUAAGUGUGACCACUUUCUGAAUCAAAUAUCCUGGAAUUCGAUGGAGAUAUGACUAUAUCCUUAUGUUCUGGAAUAUCUUGUUAAAUAGAAGUUUUUGCCAAAAGUGCUUUCAAGAGUAGCUGUUGGGAAACUAAUACAUUUUGCUGCUGCUGUAAUAAUGACAGCUAAUGUUAAUACAAACUCCAAAAAUCACCGGCAAUUAUUAUAGAUUAUUUCUUCCCGAAAUUCACGUCACCGAAGAGUUUCUUUCUUCGCGAACCUCCAUCGCCAAUUUUUGUGACUUUUAAGCCCGGCUAAUUAUCACGUGACUUAUCCGCCAAUCGGAAUACGACUUAGACAAUUUUAGCAUUGUCCGAAACCAAUGACGUAUCGACCGGUAUGAACAGCCUAGAGUAUUUAUUGAUCCUAUUCCUCUUAGCCUUGCCAGUUGGGUCCAGAACACCAAUACCAGCUUACCCUAUACGAAUCCUUUAUUUCAAACAUACCUGGAUUAUAUAUAAGCCAAACGAAACAUAUCACACCAUAAAAUAGGAAAUAACAUUUAUACAAUUUCAAGCCCAAAAGUGGUUGUAACCGUGAGAGACUAAAUAAACUGAGUAUAAUUUAAGACUAUUAGAUACUAUCAUAAUAAUUUAUAGGUCAAAAAGAACCUAAUGAUGAGAGGAAAAUAGAAAUGCAUAAUCAAGUUACGGAAUGGUUAUAUGAUAAGAAUAUACGUAUAAUAUUAGUCCAUUAUUCGUUCUCAGGAGUUACCCGUAAUUUAAUCGACACUAGGACAUAACAAUAUGAUUUACAACUUCUCGAACCUUGUUCCAACAUUCCUGUGUGUGCGUGAGGCAGUUGCACAGGUGCACACACAUCCCAGUACCUGUGUUGUCAGUUGACCAAUUGAGUCGAUAAUGAUGACAAGAUGGUUAAGCACUGCCACUUCUUUCGUUCUGUGCAUUGUGUGUACACUGGUCAGUAUCGUCAAUGUCGAGUGACGACUGUUUACUUCUUUCAAUCUCUGCAUAGCAAGCUAGUUGUUUGUUUGCUUGUUCUGCUGAUUCGUUUGUUGUAUGGUUUGGUGUUGUUUGGUCGGUCGUUCGGUUGGUUGGCUGACUGGCUAAUUGAUGGUUAAUUUAUCCCAGUGAAUGCUGUCCAGUAUGAAUUCGUUGUGGUGUCCUCAACACACAAUCCAAACAACAAAUCAUAUUAUUGGUUGCAUAUGAAAUCUGGAACAAUCUGUUCAACCGACCGACAACUGACAGAAUGUUACAGUUGACAUGGAAGCACUUGGAAAACAGUUACAACACAGUGUUCAGUUGGUUGACUUUGUGAGUGCAGGUAUGGAGGGACACGAAUGCAUUAUGUAAUCGAUUCAUCAUUCGCGUUAAUACGAAUAGACAUAGACCGAAGAAGUUUUCACUGACGCACCUUGAUUGAUUGAUUCUAUGAAAGGUGGAUAGUGGACAAUGAAUAAUUCGGUAUAGUAAGUAUCGUGGGAGUGUUGGGGUCAUUAGAUCCCUAGAACUCACUUGGGAAAGGACCUAAUUUUAUUUAGAAAAUUCGAAUUUCUUUGUUUUCGCGCCAAAGGCGCUCUUGGCACCUUCAUGUCGUAUUUCCGACUGGGAAGUUUCUUAAAUGCUAUUAGUCUGUUGCGUUUUUUAGUAUGCUAUUUGGUAACUCUCUGCAAGGACGGUUCUGUACUGUAUAUAUACGUUUUGAAUUGUGUUUGUUCUUAUCGCUCGUUUAUGGCUGUUUGCAGAUUAUACUUCCCCAUUCCAAGCUUGGACUUCUCCCUCUAGUUAGUGGGGCUGGGACGCAUCAAUAGCCAUUAUACUGGUCUGAACGAAGGGUAGUAACAUCAGUCGGUCUGCAUAUAAGUGGAAAUUGACAAAGAUUCAAAGGAGUUAUGAACCAUUAAUGCCCACCGUGGACUCUAUAUCAGUUUAAGCGAUAACUGUCUGGUGUAAAGCCAGCUCCAGCAAUUUCCCAGCAGAUAGUGGAUACUUUGAUGCCUAACCUCAAAGGUGCAGCAGAUUAUUUGGAUGAUAUUAUAGUUGUUGGUUCUUCUGCUUAGGAACUACUGGUCCGGUUAGAUGUUGUACUUACUAAAAUAUCGCAAGUGGAUUUUCGGGUACAAAAAGAGAAGUGAAUUCCUACUCGAGUCUCUUAGAUACAUGUUUGAUAAGGAUGUUCGUCGACCAGAUCCAGAUAAUAUAAAUCCUAUCAAAAUAUGCCCAGAAAGACUGAUGCUACAACCAUUCGUUCGUUUAUGGGGAUGAUUGUAUAUUAUAAUGUGUCCAUACCCUACAUGUGUAGAUUGUGACACCCACUAAACCAACCUUUGAUGGCUAAUGCAACAUGACACUGAACAAAGGAAUAUCAAGAUUCUUGCGACGAAAUAAAAAGAAUUUAAUCUUCUAGACUGUUGCUGACCCAUUACAAUCCAAAGGUUAAAAUAAUUAUGACCGCUGAUGCUUCCAACUAUGGAAUUGGAGCUGUCAUCAGUCAUCGUCUACAUGGUGGUAAACAAAAACCAAUUACUCAUAUAUCCCGAACUCUUAACCCAGCUGAACGAAAAAAACAGUCAGAUUGAGAAAGAACUAGCUUUAUUUUUUGCAGUAAAUAAAUUCCAUAAAAUGACUUAUGGUCGUCAAUUCGCCCUUCCAACAGAUCACAAACCGCUCAUAUCUAUAUUUUGAUCGACGUCGAGUAUUCCUGCAUAUACAGCAAACAGAUUACGACGCUGGGCUAUUACAUUACUUGCUUAUGAUUUCGAAAUUGUAUGUAAAUCAACAAAAAACGUUUGGACCAGCUGAUGCUUUAUCUCGACUAAUUACGAGUCAGAAGCAGGAAAGUGAAGAUCCUAUUAUUGCAACGAUAUCGUUGGGAGAAGAUAUUCAUCAAAUACAAGUUGUUAUAAAAGCAACAUUGUUAUCCGCUGAAGAUAUUAAACGUUAUACUUAAGAAGACGACGAGCUGAAGCGGAUUAUUAGUUAUCUCGAACAUGGUUGGCCCGCUCACACAGACAACAAGAACACUUAGCAGUAUGCUUACCGAAAAAAUUCCCUAUCACUUGUGGACGGGUGCCUGAUGUUUGGAGAUCGAGUAGUUGUACCCACAAGCUUACUUCGUAAGGUGAUGUUAGAGCUGCAUGCUGCUCACUCAGUGGUACCACGGAUGAAAGCACUUGCACGUGGCUAUGUAUACUGGUCGAAUAUUGAUACUCAGAUCGAAUAAUAUGUUGCGAGAUGUUCCGCAUGUGUGAGAGCUAUCAAAACCCCUCGGAAGAAGGAAACGCAUAGUUGGGGAACACCAACAAAUCCGUGGUCGAGAGUGCAUGUGGAUUUCGCCGGUCCUGUAAACAACAAACAGCUCUUGGUGAUCGUUGAUGCCUUCUCCAAAUGACCAGAAGUCCACUACAUGAAGUCUGUCUCGACAAAAGCUACUAUGGGAAAACUGAGACAAACAUCCGGCUACUUUGAGUGUCCAGAUAUAUUGGUGUUGAAUAAUGGACCACAAUUUAACCCUGUCGAAUUUUCGAAGUUCUGAAUCGGCAAUGCCGUUAGGCAUAUCAAGACAACUCCAUACCAUCCAUAGUCUAACGGUUUAGUCGAGAGGUUCGUGGACAUGUUUAAAAGAGCACUGUUUAAAGCCGAGGGAGGAGAUUUCUACUAACCUACCGCGCAACACGCGACCCAGCAACAAAUAAUCAGGAAUGUCCGGCAGAAGCAAUUUUUGAGGAAAAAUUAGAAUACCUAGAGAACAAAUGAAACUAAAACCUAGAACCAACCUCUGCAAGAAUAAACGAAUGGAACGGUAAUUCAACAACAGACAGUGCAUUAGCCAGAGCGUUCAGAGUGGGACAAAUGGUAAUAGCAAGAGACUUCCUGGGAGUAAAGCCAACCUGAAAGUUCGGCAUCAUAAUCCGAAUAAAAGGAAAGUCAUCGAUGAAGUAAAAGCCAGACAAAAGAUAUGGGUGUGACACGCAAACCAGAUACAACCAACCAGACAAGAAUGGGAGACAGGGAGUGAUAUAAAGCCGGAUAUACCGUAGUGAACGAGAACACAGGCGGAGACAAACAAAUGUAUUUGAAUACAAACUUACAGAAUCUGUUAGGAAAAUCUGAGAACCAUAUAGUAAAUACUUCAUUUGCUAGAUGUCUAUCGAUUGUCUCAGACUUAACUGUUCCUUCCUUUCCGCACCAAAAACUCUCUGUUCUCGUUCUCGCCUCUUCGAUCUUCUCAAUCUUCUGCAGCCAGGUAUUCCAAUUUCGAUCGGUGACAUAUCCUACUUAUAUGUGUUAUCAGUAGAACACAAACAAUCACAGAUUUAUAGUGGAAAAGUUCUGUGUAAAAAAAUACAUUUAAAUAAUACGCCUUGUGUAGGAGAGAUUUAUAUUGUCACAAAAAGAAUAUAUACACGAAAGUUAUUUGAUAAACUAAGUGAUCAAUUAUAAAUAUUAACAUGUUGGUCGUGUGUGCAUACAGGUAAGAUGAAAGGGAAUUCUAAAACAUUUAAUGUAUUAUGGUUGUUAGUACAAUG